CUUUCAACGUCGGGCUAUGUGGGGGUUAGACUCUCAGACUGCCAGCAGAGCGGACACUAGGGCACAGGACAGGAGUGUGUCCAGGACUGGUCAGAGCAGGUGUGUGUGUGAACCGACGGACAGAGCUUUGUGUGUAUCCUACGUGUGUCGCCUCACUCGCUCCAACCAGGGACAUUGCUGCUGAGGAACACAGCUGGGAGGUGGAGUGAGGGAGCUGCGCCAGCAGCAGAGUGCCCCGUGCUACAGUGAAAAAGAGGUGAAGAACACAGGGUAGAGCCAUGGCAGGAUGGGGCCUCCUGCUCCUCCACCUGUGGGUGGUCUCCUUGGCCCAGGGCUCGUCCUUGUUCUCUGGUCAGCGCCACCGCACCCGUCUGCAGAGGGACCGUCAAGCACGCAACAACGUCCGACCCAACAUAAUCAUCAUCCUCACCGAUGACCAGGACAUUGAACUGGGCUCAAUGCAGGCCAUGAAUAAGACACGGCGUAUCAUGGAGCAGGGAGGCACCCAUUUCUCUAACGCCUUCUCCACCACUCCCAUGUGCUGCCCGUCACGCUCCUCUAUUCUGACAGGGAAGUACGUUCACAACCACCACACCUUCACCAACAACGAGAACUGUUCCUCACCCUCCUGGCAGGCCCACCAUGAGCCUCACACCUUCGCUGUGCACCUUAACAACUCAGGGUACAGGACGGCGUUAUUUGGGAAGUACCUGAAUGAGUACAACGGCUCCUAUGUGCCCCCUGGCUGGAGGGAGUGGGUAGCGCUGGUGAAGAACUCUCGCUUCUACAACUACACUCUGUGCAGGAACAGCGUGCGGGAGAAGCAUGGCAGCCAAUAUCCAAAGGACUAUCUCACAGACAUCAUCACCAAUGACAGCAUCAACUACUUCCGCUCGUCCAAGAGGAUGUACCCCCACCGACCAGUGAUGAUGGUCCUGAGCCACGCUGCCCCCCAUGGGCCGGAGGACUCAGCACCACAGUACAGCACUGCCUUCCAGAAUGCCUCGCAGCACAUAACCCCAAGCUAUAACUACGCUCCUAACCCAGACAAACAUUGGAUCCUGCGCUACACAGGCCCCAUGAAACCUGUCCACAUGCAGUUCACGAACAUGCUGCAGCGCCGGAGGAUGCAGACCCUGCUGUCUGUGGACGACAGUGUGGACAAGGUGUACAACAUGCUGGUGGAGACAGGUGAGUUGGACAACACCUACAUUAUCUACACAUCAGACCAUGGCUACCAUAUUGGUCAGUUCGGCCUGGUCAAAGGCAAAUCCAUGCCAUAUGAGUUUGACAUCCGGGUGCCCUUCUUCAUACGAGGCCCCAACGUGGAGGCAGGAGCCAUUAACCCUCAUGUGGUGCUGAACAUUGACCUGGCUCCCACACUGUUGGACAUGGCCGGAGUGGACGUUCCCUCUGACAUGGACGGCAAAUCCAUCCUUAAACUCCUGGACACAGACAAACCUGUCAACAGGUUCCAGGUGAACAAGAAGGGGAAGAUGUGGAGGGACUCCUUCCUGGUAGAGAGAGGGAAGCUGCUCCACAAGAGGUCUGAUGGGAAGGACUUGGCCCAGGAGGAGAACUUCCUGCCAAAGUACCAGCGGGUCAAAGACCUGUGUCAGAGAGCACAGUACCAGAGCUCUUGUGAACAGCCAGGACAGAAGUGGCAGUGUGUGGAGGACCCUUCUGGUAAGCUGAGUCUGUAUAAGUGUAAGGGCAUGGCAAGUCUCUAUGCCUCACGUAUGCAGGCUCUGAUGGCCAGCAGCGGGUCCCAGCAGUGGGUUGGACGUGUCUCCGAUGCUGGAGACAGCUGUGACUGUGGCCCCCUAGGUCCCAAACGUUCACCCCUGAAGAGGAAGAGACUGCUCACCAAGAAGAAGGUAAAGUCCGGUAAGAGUCUGACUAAGAACCGUUGGGCCCGGUCUGUUCCAUUUGAGCUGGAUGGAGACAUGUAUGCUGUGGACCUGGUUGAGGGCUACAGGCCCGUGGGCCUCAGGAACACCAGCUGGCCUGGGGAGAGGAGGAGAGGAGCGGGCCUGCUGGAGGACAACGAUGAGGAGUUCAGUGGCAUGGGAGUCACAGCCAGACCCCCAACCAACAAGAGUCUUACACCAACUGCCGCUCUUAAAGUCACCUACAGGUGCUCCAUCCUGAUGAAUGACACAGUCAGGUGUGAUGGAGGACUCUACAAAUCCCUCCAGGCCUGGAAAGACCAUAAGCUCCACAUUGAGCAUGAGAUUGAAACCUUGCAGACGAAAAUAAAGAAUCUGCGUGAGGUCAAGGGUCACCUGAAGAAGGUUCGGCCUGAAGAGUGCCAGUGCAACACCCCCAGUUACCUAUCCAAAAACAAAGGGAUUUUCAGACUCAAUGCAGGUCGCAUUUACUCACUCAGCAAAAUGCCCUCUAAGCAGAAGAAGCAGUGGCUGAUGAAGGAGCAGAAACGCAGGAAGAAGCUCCGUAAACUGCUCAAGAGGCUCCGCAACAACGACACCUGCAGCAUGCCUGGUCUCACCUGCUUCACCCACGACAACCAGCACUGGCAGACAGCCCCCUUCUGGACAAUGGGUCCAUUCUGUGCUUGUACCAGCGCAAACAACAACACCUACUGGUGCCUGAGGACCAUCAACGACACACACAACUUCAUAUUCUGCGAGUUUGCUACAGGCUUCAUAGAGUACUUUGAUCUGAACAAUGACCCAUACCAGUUGAUAAAUGGGGUUAGCACCUUGGACCGCACUGCCCUCAACCAGAUGCACCAGCAGCUUAUGGAACUGAGGAGCUGCAAAGGCCACAAGCAAUGCAACCCAGAGACAGGUAGUAAAGACAGAAACUCCUUCAGUGAAUACAGGCCAGUUCAGCGUCGAAAGAAGCCAAAAGUGAAGAAGCCCUCCUCCAAAUCGCUAGGGCAGAUUUGGGAAGGAUGGGUUGGUUAGCAACCUGUGUCGCACAAUCCACCACAUCGCAGUGUGCCAACAGAGGACGACCAGAACUACUGGAGAACCUGAGGACCUUGUACAGACUUCAUGGGAAUGUAACCUGAAAUAGCAUUAUUGUAGGAGUUUAUGGAAGAGGAUGCUGAUCCAACAUUAGCUACCACUGAUACUCAGAUAAUCACCCAGAAGAGAAAAUACUGAAACAGCCAAGAAAAUGAAAACUAUAACCUCUCCCGUCGUCUUUCUCUCUGUCUCACACACACACACACACACACACACACACACACACACACACACACACACACACACACACACACACACACACACACACACACACACACACACACA